UAGAGUAUAUUUAUUUAAACGAUAAUAAAAUUGAAAACUUACCGAACUUAUUUUGCAAUUUGACCAAGUUAAGGGAACUUCAUCUAGCAAAUAAUCCAUUAAAAAUGUUACCCAGUGGAAUUUUUAAUUCUUUGAAAAGUCUCGAAAUUCUUUAUUUAAAUAAUAUCUCUUUAACAAUUUUAGCCAAUGGGAUUUUUAAUUCUUUGGAAAGCCUAAAUGAGCUUCACUUGGAAAAUAAUUUAUUAAAAAACUUUCCCAGUGGAAUUUUUAACUCUUUAAAAAACCUUAACAUCUUUAACCUAGGAAAUAAUUCGUUAAAUUUGCAAUUUUUGCCUGAAGAUAUUUUUAAAAAUUUACGUAAUUUAAGAUACCUCAAUUUGGAACAUAAUUUAGUUAACGAUUUAAUUACUCCUCUUUUUUAUUUAUUUAAUAUUAAUGAAUUAAAUUUGUCCUAUAAUCAAAACUUAAAUAUUGACAUAUGUUUGAUUGGAUUUCGAUUUUGGAAGUUGAAAACGUUAAAUGUAAAAAAUACCAAUUCAUCCAAUAUGUUUAAAAAUGGGAUCUGUCAAUUGCGGGAAUGUACGGAUAUCGAUUUGUCCCACACUAAAAUUAAUAAAAUUAGGCUCACAUCACUUUUCGUGGGAUGUAAUUCAUAUAGUUUUUCAAACAACAACAUAAAAAUUAUUGAUACCAAUUUUAUACCCCGUCCUAGCAAAAAUAUAAAUUUAAAUAUGUAUAAUACAACAAUCUCGUGUAAUUGGGAAAAUUAUGACUUUAUUACAUCAGUUCCAAACAUUAAAGACAACUUUAAAAUACUUAAUUAUGAAACCAUAAAAUGUUCCAAUAAUAAAAAUUUAAUGAUGUUUAAUUGGACAAAAAAUAAAGAAAAUAUUAUUUAUCCGAUGUCCUCUGUAAUGGAUAAGGGAUACACUUGCCCUAGACAAUGCAAUUGUCUUUGGUAUCCGUUUAAUUUGUCAUUUAUAGUGGAUUGCUCAAAUAGAAAACUAAAGGAAAUUCCAAUAUUUUCGGCUCCAAAUUAUAUUCCUAAAAGAGGAGAAAAAAUCAAAGUAAAAAAUGUAAAGGUCGACUUGCAAAACAAUAUCCUAGUUGAAGGACCUUCUCAAGAUGAUGGAUAUGAUAAUGUAACUGUUUUGAUAUUGUCUGAAAACAAAAUAGAAGAUAUAUCAUGGAUACCACCCAAUAUACAAGAUCUAUAUUUGGACCAUAAUAAUAUUUCAUUUUUAAAUGAUCAACUAAUUGAUUCAUUAUAUGGACCUUCCUUAAGAUCUCUGAAACUUGGGGAUAAUCCAUUUAUUUGUUAUUGUACAACUGUAAAACUAAAACAAUAUUUAAGCGGUAAUAGUCAGGUGGUUGACAAACAAAAUGUUAAAUGUGAUGGUACUAAUAUACAAAUAAUUUAUGCUGAUAAUAUUUGUACAUUUCCUUGGGUUAUAAUGUUGGUAUUACUAUUUUUAUUGUUUCUAAUAUCAUCUCUUGUGGCAAGUUACUACAAAUGGAAAAAGUACAUCAAAAUGUGGCUGUAUUCCAAAGGAUGGUUGUUAUGGUUCGCCACGGAAGAAGAAUUGGACAAAGACAAGGUUUACGAUGUUUUCCUUAGCUUUUCUCAAAAAGACGACGAUUUCGUCCUUGGAACAUUACUGCCCAAACUUGAAUCAGAACCGAAUUCUUACAAAGUUUGCGUGCACUACAGAGACUGGAUACCUGGAGUACUAAUAACCGAGCAAGUCAUCACUUCGGUAAGAGACUCACGAAGAACUCUCGUGAUAGUUUCGAAAAAUUUCUUGGAGAGCUGCUGGACGAAAAUGGAAUUCCGAACCGCUUACACGCAGGCCCUCACCGAAGGAAGAACCAGGGUCAUAGUUCUUGUGUAUGGGGAAGUGGACAUGACGGAGAUUGAUGGAGAUUUAAGCGUCUACAUGAAAAUGACUACGUACAUCAAGUGGGAAGAUCCGUGGUUCUGGAGGAAGAUGUUGUACGCGUUGCCACAUAAAAAUAGAAAUAACCAAAUUAGAACCACCACUGUAUAAAUAUAAAUUGUGUGUAAUAUUAUAAUUUUUUAUUUAAUUGUAUAAAUAUUGUAUUGUAUGUGUUAUCUGCGAAAAAU